CCCAGCUGGCUGCUGGACAGCUGGCUCUGACCAACGACGUGGAGCUGGUGCCGGCCAUGGCCAACAUGCCGCAGAUCACCAGCCUCGACGUCCAGUGCGAGAAAUCCGGAAUGACGGUGAACGUGGCCUUCUCGCAGCCCUUCGACGGUGUCAUCUUCAGCAAGGGCCACUUCUCCAACCCCGCCUGUCGGUAUGUGGCGGCCAACUCGGGACGUUCCAGUUUCACACUCACCAUCCCAAGUGGUGAGUGUGGCACAGCUACGUCUGAUAUCACCAACAACGGUCCAAGCGGGAAGAGCCGUGAAUCCAGUACCCGCAUGACCAACACCAUCAUCGUACAAAAUGAUCCCACAGUGCAAGAAGUUUGGGACGUCGCCCGCACAAUCAAGUGUGACUGGGUUGACAAUCUCGUUAAGACUGUGGCCUUCAAUCCCUUUGCUGUCGGAAUGUUAGAUGCUCAAGAGGUCCGCUUCAAAGGAGGUCAACCUAUUGAGUGCUGGAUGGACUUGAAACAAGGACGUUGGCCAUUGACAUCCGACAUUGACUCCAUCGUUAAGAUCGGCGAGACACUUUCCCUGAUGGUGUAUGCACGUGACAACAAAGGCAUGUACGAUGUGAGCGUCAAGGACUGCUAUGCUUAUGGAGGCCCAAAUUAUGACGAUGUAAACACUCCUCGAAUCCAGCUGACAGACGAACAAGGCUGUGUUCUAAAAGACAAACUAAUCAGCCCUUUCUACAGCACCCGGCAGCGAGACGAGAGGGGAGAAAUUAUUGUCACCUAUGCUUUUGUACAGGCUUUCAAGUUCCCUGAUGUUAUGGAUGUAUUCAUGUCGUGUAAUGUAGAAAUAUGCAAGGGAGAUUGUGACAGCAUUUGUGGUUCUCUUGUUAAAGGUCCAUCAUCCCCUGGUACUACCACUGAAGGUCCAUUUCGCACUGGCAGCACACUAUUUGGCGAACCUAUCACUACUCCAGGGCCUACUACUGUCCCCUCAUGCUUUCCUGGCUCUACUGAUCCAAGAUGCUAUUCAUCACCACCCACUGUCCCUAGUAUUUCUGUUUGUGGGCCUGGUUCCACUGAUCCUGCUUGCCAGUUUACCUCCCCUGAACAGGAACUUUGUGGCUUUGGAAGCAAAGAUCCUAGAUGUAUCUUCCCAACAACAUCCUCUCCUAAUAGGGGUAAAGCAAUUAACUCUAGUCCUCCUCCCAAACAAACACUGACAACUGCUUUCAAACUCCCCACACCUACUAUUCCACAAUUCCAAUGUGUCCCGGGUUCAACUGAUCCUCGAUGUGUACAACCCACAUCUCCUUCACCCCCACGGUGUUUUGCUGGUUCAACUGAUCCACGGUGCCCUAAACCAACUACCACUGCUCCUCCACUAUGCUUUGUUGGGUCUACUGAUCCUCGGUGCCCCAAACCUACUACCCCUGCUCCACCACUGUGCUUUGUUGGUUCAACUGAUCCACGAUGCCCAAAGCCCACCACCCCUGCUCCUCCGCGAUGUUUUGCAGGUUCAACUGACCCGCGUUGCCCUCAGCCCACUACUCCUGCACCACCCAAAUGUUUUGCUGGUUCAACUGACCCUCGCUGCCCCAAACCCACAACACUAGCCCCUCCAAGAUGCUUUGCAGGUUCAACUGACCCUAGGUGCCCAAAACCUACUACCCCAGAACCCCCACAAUGUUUUGUUGGUUCAACUGACCCUCGAUGCCCACAACCCACAACUGUUGCCCCUCCUAGAUGCUUUGCUGGGUCAACAGACCCUCGAUGCCCCAAACCUACCAUUCCCCCAUCCCCACCAAGAUGUUUUGUUGGUUCAACUGACCCAAGGUGUCCUCAGCCCACUACCCCUGCACCUCCAGUUUGCCUCCCAGGGUCAACUGAUCCUAGAUGUCCUCAGGUGACAAGUCCAGCCUCCACUCCUCUCAUUUGCCUCCCAGGAUCAUCUGACCCAAGAUGUUCUAGGCCCUCAACAACACCAGCCCCACCCCGUUGUUUCCCAGGUUCUAAAAAUCCUGGAUGCCCUAAACCUUCAACUACCCCUGCCCCACCCAGCUGUUUCCCUGGUUCUACAGAUCCAAGUUGCCCUAAGCCCACAACAAUUCCAGCUCCACCUCUCUGUUUCCCUGGUUCUGUUGACCUGAGAUGCCCUAAACCCACAACACCAGCUCCACCUCGCUGUUUCCCUGGUUCCACUGCUCCAGGAUGUCCUAGGCCCACAACUACACCCUCCCCACCCCGCUGUUUCCUUGGAUCUACUGACCCAAGAUGUCCUAAACCCUCUACUACCCCAGCUCCACCAAAGUGUCUCCCUGGUUCUAAUGAUCCGAGAUGCCCUAAAAUUACUACAACCAGACCACCACCUCGGUGUUUCCCUGGUUCCCGUGACCCUAGAUGUCCUAAACCCACAACAACUCCAGCUCCACCACAAUGUUUCCCUGGAUCUACAGAUCCACGGUGUCCUAAACUCACCACUACCACCCCUGUCCCAUUCCGCUGUCUUCCAGGCUCUGCAGAUCCUAGAUGCCCACAGCUUACCACACCAGCUGCUUGUUUCCCUGGAAGCUUUGACCCUAGAUGUCAAAAGGGUACUACCCCAGCCAAACCAAUUUGCUUUGCUGGAUCACCAGACCCUCGUUGUUCUAAGAGUUUGCCCACUGCAGCAACAACCCCUAAACCUACUCAGCGGCCAACGAUCCGGCCUACUACUUUCCGUCCUUCACUGAGGCCAACCUUCAGGCCUCGCCCAACCCCUACUCCACAACCCACAACUCUACAGCCAGAACCCCCACGCAGGGAUUCUGUGCUCUUCCCUGCAACAAUCACUACUCCUCGGCCUACCACCACUACGUCUUUCUCUAGAGUAAAAGCUCCCGCAGUCACUACCCCAAGGCCAAAACCUUCAGGUCCUGCUCUUAAGCCAACUACACCCUCUAGUCGAGGCAAGCCCAACAGAGGUAAACAGUUGUCAUCAGCUCCUCAGCCUAAGCCAGAACCUACAGGAAAGGAAUGGGAAGGGGAGUCUCGUUUCCAUGCCUUCCACAGUUUCCACUUCCAAAAGGGUGAUGGAAGGCGGGGCAGAAGGUUUGGUGCUCGACUAUCUAGAGAUGCCGAUGAGGAAGUUCCUCUAUCUCGGAGCAUUCGAUCUCCUGGUGAACCACUCCCAGGAAAGCGCCCACUUUUGGAAAAGGUUCCUGUCAGGUUGUCUCGAUCUUUAUCAGUUAUUUCUGCCACCGACUUGCCAGAACCCAGGAAAUCUUUUUUCAGGGUUCAGUCAGAGGAAGAGACAGCACAGGCAUUUAGCGAACCAGUAUAUUCUGAUCCUCUAGGCACAGUAUGCCUUCCUGUAGCCAUUUUCACAGCUUCCAUCCUCUCCCUUUUGUUUCUUCUCCUGCUGUCAUCUACAGUGGCUCUGGUGUUGUAUAUUCGGCAGCGAGACAGCCACAAAAAACAUAUGGCUGCCUGGCUAGGGCACUAGUCUUCCUC